AUGUCAGCUAACCAUGGAAUUGUCAAAAUUCUGAUCUCAGCUCGUGAGAGUAUUGAAAAAGAAGUUGAAAGAGCUCUGGAAACGACCCAACACCUGCGAAUAGGCCUGGCCGAUACUGACGCUGAUCUGGCACUUUUCACCGAUGAGAUACUUGCAGACAAGCGACGUAGCGAGGAGCUGGUAGUUGGAGACGAGACGAUCAUGGAUGAAAUUGCGGACAAACUGCGAGCAGGCGGCGAGGGCAUGUUCUUGUGGGUUUAUCUCACGAUAGAGAACAUUUGCUCUUGCCCCACCGAUCACGAUAUUCGUCAGACUUUGGAGACUCUCCCAAGAAAGCUGUCGGACACCUUCGAUAAAGCGCUUGAGCGAAUUUUGUCAUCUAGAUCGUCUACAACAGUUGAUAUUGUCCAGAGAACCUUCAGAUGGGUAGCAACCGUCCGACGCCCAGUGACCCGAUGGGAGCUGGGAGAGGCCUUGGCAGUGGAGGUUCUCCAAAAGUCUUUGAUCAAGGAUCAAAUCAUGAAUGGAACAGAGCGACUCCCGAGUUGGUGCGAGAAUCUCGUAUGUAUUGAGGCUGGAGAUGAGACCGUCCGGUUCUUCCACCACUCGAUCAAGACUCAUUUACUGGACAUGAAGCUCAAGGACAAGGCAGCAGAAAUUGGCGCAUUUCAUGUCGAUCUUAAUGCUUGGGACCACGAAGUUGGAGAAAUUUGCCUGACUUAUCUGAACUUCAGCGAUUUCGAGAGAGCAUUGUCCAAGGUUUCUCCAGCUACCAAAAAUCUCGACGUAUCCGUAAGCCAGAUUGCCCGGUCGGAUGAAGGCCGUCAUAUCCCGACUGCAGUGGGAAACCAGGCGACCCAAAAUGCUUGGCCGGACGCCGGACGGCACACAGUCUUGCGAGCUUUGGGACGACUCCUCAAACCAACGAAAUCCGGAGGAAGACUUCAUAUCCCCAAAGGUGUCUCCAGAUCAGCAGAGACUCCCACAGAUGGCGGACGCGACUUUCCAGACUUCUUCUCGGGCUACCCUUUUCGUCGCUACGCUAAAGACUUCUGGUUCAAUCACACUUUUCGUUUUAACCAGUCUACAACCCAGACCUGGAGCUUGUGGAAGGAUAGAGUGAUAAAGCUCAUUCUAGAAGAAGAUACAUUUCGGGUCAACUUUGGGCAGCAACCACCAGGUUUCGAGACGUUUGAUCCGGAGCCCUGGCUGGCCGAGCGGAACGAUGUGCCGGAUGACUAUAAAUCGAUUCUCAGUGUAUCCGAGAAGAGGCAGCUUGAUUUCGAGUGGAUCGCGCUUCACAAGGCAAUUAUCUUCGCCGAUUUCAUCAACCAUCAACCACUACUGGGUCUUCUAACGCCCAUCAAAGACCGCGGUGAACUGAAUCCCGGUAUCCCAGAGCAGCUUCUUUCAACUAGGAGAGUCUUUCGAUUCCCUCGAGAACGGGAAGGAUAUGUCCAGGACGAAGAUGCACACGACGGUCUCGUCAGUCUCGUCACUGAAUUCAUCGCUUUCGGUGGCCCCGUGUGGCCACAAAGUAACACAAGAUUUCAUGAAUUGCAGUCACGCUGCACUGAUACUUGCGCAUUGAAGCCCUUGCAUCAGGAGAUCAUCGGAAUCAUCUCUUAUUCGGGGUACUCGAAAGCACAGGAACCUGGAUUACAGCUACUGGCCAACGUAGCUAUUUUCAAGCUCAGCGACGAAACAUCGGACGCCAUUAGAACAUGGAUCGAUUUAAAGAAACGAUGCUUUCACAGAUUUCGCGCCCAGGGUGGCACAGAUAUCAUCGACAUGAUCCUCGCGACGGGCGAUCCAUCAUCAUUCAAAUUUGCACGCUGGGUUCUCAGCUUGCACGAGAAUUGUGUGGAAAGAUCGGGUCACAAGUGUAAAGGUUUUGGCUGGACUGAUCGGCGCUUCAGACUGUGGAGGGCCAUUCGUCAACGCAACAUGAGAACUGUUGAAUUUUAUUUGCACCAGUCACAAGCCGCAUUAACGGAGGAGGAGGAGAAGCAUUGUGAGAUCGACUUUGAUCUGUUGAACGAAAUCGUUGAGUGCUCAUGUCUGCCUCCCGAUUUCAGAAGCCAAGCUAUUUCGAUCGCCAUCCCCAGAGUCGCAGGGACCCAAGAGCAGGAAGCAUACAUCAGAUUCAAAAGGGCCAUCAUAUCGGGAAAUUGGGACUUUGCGAUGGCGCUGUCGAGCCGCGGCUUGAGCCUCGCCGACAUUUUUCCUUCUGCCAGCAAGGAACGAUCUUGGGUCCGGGUACUUGACGACGUCCUCUACUGUGUUUCUCAGUCAGCGUCUCCGAAGUGUACCCAGGCAAGGGUAACAUCGGAAAACAAGCCCAUUUCAUCAACGAUUGAGCUUUGCGUCCGCCAUAUGGCCGAAGCCAAGCAAGCAUGGAGCAAACCACUUCCCACUGGACAAACGGCAGACGAUGCGUGGACUUUUGAGUCUCUACGCAACUUGGUUUAUGAGGCCGAGCCUUGA